GAAAAGCGUUCAACGUGGAAACAAUGAAAACGAAUUUGUCGCGGUUCGCGAAAACAAUCUUAGAGAAUAAAUAAAAGAUACAUUGUCAAUAGUGAUUUAAUCUAUUCUGACGAAAGCAGAAAGCAAGUCUGUUGUGUAAAAAUUAACAAAAUUGAAAACUGAUAAAAUCAUUUCCACUUUAUUUGCCUCAACUUUUCUUUGCUUGUCAAGUACUUGUCUUUCAACACAGAUAAAUUCACUGAUUUUUUUCUUCUCAAACUUUUUCCGCUUGCGAAAAAGGAUGAAAAAUAUUUUAAUGGAAUUUUUCGGAUGAUGGAAAGUUCUCUUGUCGUUGUGGAAAAUUUUCGGUGCAAAAUUUGAGUGAAACAAGACAAACACCACCAAAAGCAAGACAAGCAGCAUAGGGAGAGAAAAAGAGAGAAAAAUCAAUUUUGUUAAUUAAAUUCCGUAGCGAAAAAUAGAUAAAGGAAAAAAAAAACGAAAAUCUUGAAGAUAAAGGAUAAAAUAAAAUGUUUAUGGUGUACGAAGAAAAUUGAUAAAAGUAAUUAAACGUUCAUCGAGAGGUCAGAAAAAAAAAGAAAAAAUAAAACCGGGUAGUAACAAAGGGAAAAGUGUUUUUCGCUGUUAAUGAGGCGAAAAUAAUCUCAUGAAAGUUUAAUUAUCGAAAGUGUUGCAGCAUAAGAUAAAGCACAUAGAAAAAAAGAAGAAAACGAAAAUAAUUCGAUGCAUUUCUCUUAAUUAUGGCUCGGGUCGGGAGAAAGAAAAAGACUGUAAAACAUCUUUAGAACGAUGAUCAUAACAUUGCAAAUGCGAUUGAAAGUAUUUUUCUUAUAAUCAGUGUGAAUGUUUAUCCUUCAUUCGGUGAUUCUCAUCGAUUUUUUACACUUUAACAUUGCAAAAUAACUGGCAGUGAUGAAAUUAGCAUCUCACCGCAAUGGACACGACUCGUAAAAGUGCACACCAAAACAUGUUGAGAAUGGAUUACGUUAAUCUAGGAUGUUGUGCACUUGCAUUCAUUCUCUAUUUGAAUACAUUGAAUGCAGGCUUCGUCUACGAUGAUAGACGAGCGAUUUUGGGCAAUCCCGAUGUGAUGGACGCCAGUCAGCCAUGGUAUCAGCUGUUGUACAAUGAUUUUUGGGGCACGCCACUUGUUGACUCUGGCUCGCAUGGCUCUUAUCGACCAUUGUGCGUGUUAAGUUACAAACUGAAUCACAUCAUUGGCGGCUUUAAGCCAUUUGGCUACCAUCUUGUCAAUAUACUACUGCAUUGCCUUGCAACUGGGUUAGUUGUUAAGUUAGCUAGACACAUAUUACCUUAUGGCUUCGGAACGCUGAUAUCGGGAGUGCUUUUUGCAUCUCAUCCCAUACACACCGAGGCUGUCGCUGGCAUCGUUGGACGUGCUGACUUGAUAGCACACGUUCAAUGGCGUGAGAAAUGUGAUUCGAGACAUUGGUUGGCGCUGUGUGGAGCUGUUCUAUGUGCUUCUAUUGCCAUAUUAUGCAAAGAGACUGCCAUUAGUUCGCUGGUUGUUUGUGUCAUUUAUGAUAUCUUGAAAGGAUUUAACACGUUCUCAAAGGAUAAGUAUCAAUUACGAAGCAUCGGAAUCUUGGGAAUAGCCAUCGUAACAAUCUUACAUCUACGUCUGUCGAUUCCUGGACCGGUUACACAGUUUUCGACAGCUGAUAAUCCCACAGCAAAAGUUAAUACGCUUCUAACGAGAUUUUAUACAUUCUCCUACUUGCCCGUGUUCAACUUUAAAAUGCUCGUUUAUCCACACACGCUGAGCUUUGACUGGGGAAUGGAUGCAAUUCCUCGCAUUACCUCAUUUUACGACAUUCGUAAUCUUAUUUCGUUGAUGUUUUAUGCUGGCUUAUGUCGUCUUAUCAUCAAAAGCAUAGUUACACUCCGCAAUACAACAACUCCAAAAUUAAUAAUUAGCAAGAGAAUCGGUAGAAGCAUUCACAAACGAAAGCAUCAAACAAACAACUCAAAAUCUUUUGAUUGCGUGCCAACCGUUCAAUCAAAUCAAUUAUGGGACAGUGAAAAUAGUUGUUUAGUGUGUAAACAUGGCUUAAAAUAUCGACAUGCGAGUGUUUGUCGUUCAAGUCAUACGAAAUUGAAUAGUGCAUCAGCGAUACUCAUAUCGAUCAGUUUUCUUACGCUACCGUUUAUACCUGCAUCGAAUUUGUUUUUCUAUGUCGGUUUUGUAGUAGCUGAGAGAAUUCUUUAUCUACCAAGUGUUGGAUAUUGUCUGCUAAUUGGCUUAGGUUUAGGAAAGUUAAUCAAUUUCAAAGUUCAGGGUAGAAGCAAUGGUAUGAAAUCAAAGCAAAAAGUGCAAAAAUCUUCACUUCACAGCGUGAGAUCAAUAACAACAAUGCUGUUUGUAAUUAUUCUGAUAAGUGCAUGUAGUUUGAAAACAAUGAGAAGAAAUCAAGACUGGAAGGAUGAAGAAAGUUUGUAUCGAAGUGCCAUCAAAGUCAAUCCACCAAAAGCACUGGGCAACUUAGGAAGUGUGCUUAGUUCUCAAGGUCGCUUUGAAGAAGCUGAGGAAGCAUUGCUUGGAGCUUUAAAGCAUCGCUCGAAUAUGGCUGACGUUCAUUAUAACUUAGGGAUUCUGUAUCAAAAUCAACAAAAAUACGAAGAUGCCGUGAGCAGCUUUCAAAAAGCGAUUCAUUUUCGGCCGAUGCUUGCAUUGGCAUAUUUAAACCUUGGAACGUCACUCAUUGCCCUUGGGCGUUGUCAUGAAGCUGCAUCAGUUCUCCGUGAUGGCACAAAGCUUGAUGGUACUGGUUUAAGAGAUCGAACAGCGCAUGAAUAUGCACGAAUAAGUUCACUACUUCAACUUGGGGGUCUUUAUGCAGAUCAAGGAAAAUUGCAACGAGCGCUAGCUGUUUAUCGUGAAGCUCUUCAUACCCUCCCACAAAAUUAUCCACCACAGGGAAUCUAUCAUCGUCUUGGUGAUGUUUUUAUGAGACUGAAGAAGUGGUCGGAGGCAGAACGCUUUCAUCGAGCGGCACUCGAAGCCGAACCUAAUCACAUUGGUGCUCACAUCUCAUAUGGAACAAUGCUCGCUCGUAAUAGCAGUCGAUCAUCAGAAGCGGAACAAUAUUUUAAACGAGCUAUUCGCUUAGCUCCACUUGAUUCUAGCGUACAUCAUCAUUAUGCUGAGUUUCUCGCAUCAAUCUCAAGACAUGAGGAAGCAUGUGAAAGUCGAGUGCGGGCUGCUGAAUUGUCUCCUAACGACUAUCAAUUAGUCACUGCUGCAGCGACUGCCCUAAGAAUGCUAGAUCGAAAAAACGAAGCUGAGAAAUGGUAUCGUCAGGCGGUGAAUUUACGACCAAAUGACGCCAGAGCUCACACAAAUUUGGGUGCGAUCUUACAUCUUAUGGGUCGUACCCAGCAGGCAACUGUAAGCUAUAAAACUGCACUUAAUCUUCAGCCAGGCGAUCCAACAACUUUGGGAAAUCUUAAGAAACUUGGUGUCACUGAACACUCAUGAAAGCGACAUGACACGACUUAACAUGAGCUAGAAGAUUUACGAUUAUGGUGUAAUCAUAAUUCAUCAUUUGAUACUUUUUUAACGUCUCGCCCUCUUCCAAAUCUCAUCAUUGGGGAGAGAAAUAUGAGUCGUGGCAGUUAAAGUGGAUCAUUUGUAAAUAUACAUGAUGAUAUUAGAUCCUGAGCUGUUAUGUAAUUAUGUAAAUUGAAUCUAAACAGAAAAAAGGACUAGAAGAAGUAUUUUUGCAUUUAAAUUUAUUCGAUGAGCAAAGAAUGAAAUGGAGGCAUACUCAAAGCUUUCGUCGCUUUUAAAAAUGAAUUGCAAUUUGAUGUAAAUGUUUGGUCUGUGAACUGCGACAAGAUAAAAAGACAACAACUUUUUGCAUAAUUCGCGAGGAAUUUAAUGCAAAUAAGUUUGUUGAAAACAGAAUCACAUGCCAAGCUAACAGUGGCUCUGAGAUAAAAGCAAAUAAUGGAAAUAAAAUGUAUCAUAACAUUUUCAGAAAUUAAAUUUGUAAAUUGCAUUAAAAAGAAAUUUCCCUUAAUGAGAAACUUUGCAAGGAUAUUGCAUAAAAACAAAAAUAAUUGCAUUAUAUUUGGAAUAAAAAUAUGAGAGAAAGUUAUA